AUGACGAUGUUAAGCAGGAAAACCAGCCAAGUUUGUGAUUCUUCUUCCUUUCAUGGCAACCCUCUCGCGCCUCAACAAGAAAGGCUCUACCGGGUUUGGAAGGGCAACAAUAAAUUUUUAUGUGGUGGAAGAUUAGUGUUUGGUCAUGAUGGCGCCUCCCUCUAUCUAACUAGUUUUUUGAUCGGAUGUCCUGCACUUACAUUCUGCAUCAGAAUGCUUGUAACCAUCAAUGGACAUCAACCCCAUUAUGACUAUCCUGUUUUUGUUGCGGGCCUCCUCCUCACUAUUUUGGAUUUUACUUUUCUCUUCCUCACAUCCAGUAGAGAUCCUGGUAUAAUUCCGAGGAGUUCAAGACCGCCAGAAUCAGAUGAGGCUUGCGAGUCUACCCCAUCAAUGGAGUGGGUCAAUGACAAAGGCUCUAGUAUGAAAUUACCUCGAAUUAAGAAUGUACAAGUCAAUGGUCAUACUGUAAAGGUCAAGUUUUGUGAUACAUGUCUUUUAUAUCGUCCACCGCGUGCUUCUCAUUGUUCCAUCUGCAACAAUUGUGUUCAAAAGUUUGAUCACCAUUGUCCAUGGGUUGGUCAGUGUAUUGGAUUACGUAAUUAUCCAUUUUUCAUCUUGUUUAUUUCAUCCUCAACCUUACUCUGCAUAUACGUUUUCGUGUUCUCGUGGAUCAAUCUUCUUCACCAACAAGGCAAUCUAUGGAAGGCCAUGUCACAAGAUGUCGUAUCAGUAAUUCUAAUAGUGUAUUGCUUCAUAGCUGUCUGGUUUGUCGGAGGGCUUACGGUUUUCCAUGUCUAUCUAAUUUGCACCAACCAGACAACAUAUGAGAACUUUCGUUACCGCUAUGAUAAGAACGAAAACCCAUACACCAACGGGAUAUUGGGAAACUUGAAAGAAGUGUUCUGCUCUAGGAUUCCAACUUCAAUGGUCGAUUUCCGAGCAUGGGUUUUAAAAGAUGAUGAUAGUGUCAUGGGAUCUAUCGCUUCAGAGAGUGAAAGAGGUUUCAUUGGCUCCAAGCAGAAAUUCGAUAUAGAAAUGGGAAAUAGGUUUACCAAGGAUGGCAAGAUGGUAGUUCCAAGUAUUUUGCAGAAAUUAGACUACAAUGGCAUUGAUGAUAACAUGAGGAAGAAAAAUUUGGAUGGUAGUGAUUUCAAUGAUGACUUAAAAAGGAGGACUUCAGAUCAACCGUUUAUCUUUCCUAUUGGCCAAGAAACACAAAAUUCAAAGGGGUAUUCAGCAACUCGAGUUAAUUCUGCUAGUGAUGAGAGGACACGGUAG